AAGAUUGCUCUUGCGAUCGAGGGGGGGGGCCUUCGGGGGAGCGUCCCAGCAGGGAUGGCAGCGGCGAUUUCUUACCUGGGGCUCGGAGAUGCGUUCGACAUGGUGCUGGGAUCGUCCGCUGGCUCCAUCAUAGGAUCCUACUUUGUCGCGAGAACCGAUGCCGACAGUCACUGUCAGAUCACCUACGAGUUCUUCUGCAACCAUCUGACGACGUCGAGGGAGAAGCUCAACGGGACGAACUGGCUCGACAUGGGGAGGCUCAUCGAUUUGUUUGCACCUUCUUCCAACCAGCAAUCCAAGAGUGCGGUGAUGGUCCUGGACUAUCCCAUGAAGACCAUCAUGCAAGAGAUGCUCCCGGUCAACUGGACCUCUUUCAAGGCAAGGAACGACAGGCAGCCUCUGAAAGUGAUCGCGACAGGGCUGUUCUCGGAGGGACCGGUUGUUCUUGGCUCCGAAGAGGGGAGCUUUGAUGACCUGGCAUCCCUCUGUGAAUGUGUCAAGGCUUCCUGCAUGCUGCCUGGGGUAGCUGGAAACGAUGGCUUCGGCCUGUCCGACAUGGAGCCCAUGGUGGACGCUCUCGUCUACGAGCCCAUCCCCUACAGGUCGGCGAUCGACUACGGCUGCACCCACGUCCUGGUCCUCCGGUCGUUCCCCGACGGC